UCUCUGUAUGGUCAUGGUCAGUCACGGCACCACUUCGAGCUCCCGUCCCCCGUCCGUCGGUACUCCUACCCCUAUCCCUACCCCUACUCCUAGUAGUGUGAUGUGCCAUCCAUCCAUCGUUCGAUGCGCUGGGCUGGCAUAGUGAGUGCGUGGCGGUGGACUGGUGGUGACAGUGAGCUCCAAACCUUGGACAUGAAUUGAGGGGCACCCAUCUUUUUCUGUCCAUGUCUGUCCGAGUGAUGGAUGGAUUGAUUGAUUGAUUGAUGUGUGAUGCCUCACUAGCUCAGCUGAGCCCUCCCCUCGCAUCCCCUUUGUGGCAAAUCUCAUCAGCAACAGGGACAUCAUCCUCUCCUCUCCUCUCCUUUGUGUUAGGAUCCCCUUCUCUCUCUCUUUCCAUAUCCUCCUGUUGUCAGUCUCACCAACAGAGAGGCAGAGGAGGAGAGAGAGGGAGAAUCAAACAAGAUGGAGAGGAGGAGGAAGGCAAUGUGGCUGUACCCAAAGGUGGUCGGCUUCAACCCUCCCGAGAGAUGGGGGCACUCCGCCUGCUUCUUCCAAGGACUCAUUUACGUCUUCGGGGGAUGCUGCGGCGGUCUGCAUUUCAGCGACGUGCUCACCCUCAACCUCGAGACAAUGGCGUGGAGCUCCCUGGCGACCAAGGGGGAGACGCCCGGCACACGGGACAGCCACGGCGCCGCGCUCAUCGGCCACCGGAUGUUCGUCUUCGGUGGUACCAACGGCAACAAGAAGGUGAACGAGCUUCACGUGCUGGACCUACGCACCAAGGAGUGGAGCAAGCCUCCCUGCAAGGGGACCCCACCCUCGCCGCGGGAGAGCCACACUGUCACCACAGCGGCCGGCUGCGACAAGCUGGUGAUCUUCGGCGGGAGCGGGGAAGGGGAUGGGAACUACCUCAACGAUGUGCACUUGCUGGACGUGCCCACCAUGACGUGGACGUCCCCACAGGUCACCGGCGAGGUCGUCCCCGCGCCGAGGGACAGCCACGGCGCCGUCACCGUCGGCAAUGGGCUGUUCGUCUACGGAGGUGACUGCGGCGACCGCUACCACGGUGAGGUGGACGUGCUCGACAUGGACACCAUGGCAUGGUCAAGGUUUUCAGUGAAAGGAGCUUCACCUGGUGUCCGGGCAGGUCAUGCAGCCCUUGGCAUUGGAUCUAAGAUCUAUGUAAUUGGAGGAGUUGGUGAUAAGCAAUACUAUAGUGAUGCAUGGAUUCUUGAUGUGGUUGAUCGUUCUUGGACUCAGCUUGAGACGUGCGGGCAGCAACCCCAGGGUCGGUUUUCUCAUUCCGCAGUCAUCAUGAACACUGAUAUUGCAAUCUAUGGAGGAUGUGGUGAAGAUGAACGACCCCUGAAUGAGCUACUCGUUCUGCAAUUAGGCUCCGGGCAUCCAAAUGGCCUCUACAACAUCUCAAUGAGCAAGAUUUUGAGCAAUCACUGGAGCCAAGAGAAGCACAAGUUGUUGAGAGCAGAACACCAGAAGGAUACAAGCGCAAGCAACGUUGAACUCGGUCGUAAACCUGGAGAAGCAGAAAUUGAGCAAAGAAAUCCUUUCCUCUGUGGUCUAGAAAAUGGGCAUGUGAAAAGAAGAAAAACUGGAGAUGUUGGUUCAAAUGAGAUGGAGUUGGAGCAGGAGGAGCACUCACUAUCGCUUUCCCAACAUUCGUCCCCUUCCCAGUCUGAAAAAGAUCAGGAGCAGAAUGGAGCUCACAUAAUUUCAGGAUCUCCUAACGGGUUCAUCCCAGCAAUGCAACCGUUGGUUCGUCUCAACACCAACGGUUCUCGAAGAACCAGCGGAGGCAUGUCCCCGAGGCCUCUCAAGACUGACCAGUUUCUCGGCGACAUUGCACCGCAGCAACGACAUGAAAUGCAGUUCCUAACAGCUGAACCUAAGCACCACCACCGGCCAUCCGGUCCACCUCUUAUUGGAGCUGAGGUUCAUGGGACAAUUGAUGGAGCUUUCGACUCGGGGUAUCUCGUCACAGCCGUCGUCAGUGGGCAGCUUUUCCGAGGCGUUCUGUUUGCUCCUGGACCUGGAGUAACAGCUCCAAGACCUGUGAUGCACCAUCAGAUUCUCAAUAGCUCGGCGAUUCCUCCCCAGCAGCGCCCGGUGCUGGCUCACGCCUACCCGGUUCAUGCCCGACCGGUGCUGCAGGCCACAGGCUUUGUACGGCCUGACUACAGUCACCAUGCUCGGCGUGGGUUCCCGUCCAGAGUUGUCAAGUCCGAGUCGGACAGGAGCAGCAGUGACCUUCACCAUGUUGUGCUCACGCUGGGAGGGCCAGGAGGGCCAGGAGGGGGCAACUGACCGUAUCUUCGGAUACACUUUGAGAUCCUGCUCCUCACAUUCGUCUGUUGAACUUGCUCUAUAAAAUAUAUUCUACUAGUUGAGGAAAA